UGGUUUAAAGGAUAGUGUGCAAAGAUUGGUAAAGACUUACAAUGACAAUUAAUUAGUUUCUGGAGUUUUGGGUUAGUUUGAAUCAGGGUCUAAACAUGCCCGAGCAGACUUUUUUAGUAUAUGAACUAUAGUACCACUGCCAUUUUAGUGGGUGUCUCCGUGUAAAUCCUGCCGAAAACGCAUGCUAGGCACUGGUUUCUGCAGCGGUGUGAGUGGAUGGGUGUUCUCUGGGUCUCGUCUUUCACGGGUGACGUCACAGCGGAGUUGAUGGCGUCAUUGCGCGUCCCGGCGGAGCGUCUAGAGCGCGUUGACGGAUCGCAGCAGCAGCGAAGGCCGACGCGACCGUGGCUCCGGCGGCCGGGAUCGAGCGACGCCAAGCCGGACACCGAGCGAGGAGAACAUGCAGGCUGUAGCGGAGGAGCUGCGGGCAGGCUCCCGGAUCCCGGUGACCGUCGAGCAGAUCGUCAACGACACGCUGGUGGUGACGCUCACGUACCGCGAGAGGAGCUACACGGGCAUCCUGCUGGACUGCAGCAGAAAGACUGGGCUGUUUUGCCUUCCAGACGUUGUUGGAAAAUCCGAAGAGAGCCUCAUAUUGAGACCGGACUGUGAAGUCUCGAGUGAAGAGGCUUCCUCUAAACCCGUUAGUCAGCUGACGCAGCAACCAAAAGAUGAGAACACGGAGCCUGAGGUGGCUCCUCCGCUCGCUCCCGUACCUAUCCCGGUGCAACCGGGCCAGCCCACAUAUCCGCCGUACUUUGAAGGCGCCCCGUUUCCGCAGCCCAUGUGGGUCCGGCACACAUACAACCAGUGGGUACCGCAACCGCCGCCACAUCCAAUCAAGAGGAAGAAGAGACGAAGUCGAGAACCUGGAAGGAUGACCAUGAGCACAAUCCGACUGAGACCUCGGCAGGUGCUGUGCGAGAAAUGCAAAAACACACUAAACAGUGAUGAGGACAGCAAAGAUGGACCAACGGUGACCAAGACAUCUAGGAAGGAGAACGCGCCUCAAGCCGACGAGGAGGACACUAAAUCAACCCCAGCCAAGAGGAAGGACGACGGAGACAACAACAACAAAGAGUCAAAGAGACGAGAGGAAUCGACGGUCUAUGACACCAAGUGCUUCCGGAAGGACAAGAAGGACAAUGAGAAGUUUCCCAAAGGGGACAUCAUUCCCCAUAGUCCCGUGAUUAAGAUCUCUUAUAGCACUCCACAAGGUAAAGGCGAAGUGAUGAAGAUCCCCUCGAGGGUUCACGGUUCUGUCAAACCCUUCUGUCCGAAGCAGCUGUUACAGAACGGCCACGGAGAACGAGACGCUUCCAAGGAAUCCCAGAAAGUCGUGCAACCUCCGGUAGACGCCAUCCGAACGGAUCUUACCAUUUCCAUUCCCAAACUCAAGCUCCCAAAGUUGAGUAAUCCGGAUGCCCCUUCGCCCAAGAUACGAUUGAGAUCCCGGGCCGACGGAGCGGAGCAGGUGUCCGCUUACGAGGCAGAACUAGUGGAUGGCGUUCGGAGGAAAAGUCCUAGAGUUCCCAGCUCUCAGUCUGAAGAUGGUGCGGAGAAGAAUUCGCUAGAGCUUUGGUCAGGCGAGGAAGUGGAACGGCACGGAGACUUGACUUUACUCAUCAACUUCCGGAAGAGGAAAGCGGACUCGUCGAGCCUCUCCGUGUGCAGCAGUGACAGUCUAGAUGAGUCCAAGUCUUUCAGCUCCGACGGAACGUCGCCGGAAAUCUGCGACCUCGCUCCAGGCGACGAUAUCGCAGUCUCGUCUUCCUCUCAAGGGGAAAGUAAGACUGUUCUGCCUCUCACCGUACGACUGCACACUCGCAGCAUGACUAAAUGCGUGACCGAGGAAGGUCACGCCGUAACAGUGGGUGAUGUUGUUUGGGGGAAGAUCCACGGAUUUCCUUGGUGGCCGGCGCGGAUACUCAGUAUUAGCGGUACUCGUAGAGAAGAAGGUGAGGUCCAUGCUCCCUGGCCCGAAGUUAAAGUCUCCUGGUUCGGUUCUCCCACCACCUCCCAACUCUCGGUUGCCAAACUCUCGCCGUUCCUCGAAUUCUUCAGGUCACGCUUCAACCGCAAAAAGAAAGGGAUGUACCGCCGUGCCAUCAUGGAGGCCGCCAAGGCGGUGGGACACAUGAGUGCCGAAAUCACAUCUCUACUGGCUCACUGCGAAACUUAGAGGACGAGGACGGUAGUGGACUGGCUGUUAUUCAGGGUUUUGCAGGCGCCCCCAGAUGAUGGUGAUGUCCCCAGAGCGUCUUCAUUUGCCACGGAUAUCACGAGGGAAGGUGCUUUAUUUCCCUCCACAUGUGGCUGUUGGAAGAAAAUGCAAUGAGCGGACUGUGUUUGAGGGGCCACGAGGAGAAUGUGGGAACAAUUCCCCCGUUUGUCUCUCCAUCUUUUGUUUGUUUGUUUUUUAGGACGUACAUGAUAUUAGAACAAGUAGCUUGACACUAAAUCCGAAUGUAUUUAUUCACGAAAAAAACACUCGACUGGUGACUGGCCUCCUGUAAGAUCACACUGCUGCUGUUUCUUAUGACUCUUACGUCUGUUUUGGAUCUGAUCCGAACGGACUGACAAAUAUCCGUAUUAUAAUACAAAACGACAAGUCUUACUGUGUCUGUUUCUUCAGAUUAUGAAAAUGUGAAAUUCCUUUUUGCAUCAUGUAGGUCUUACACCAUGCAGUAUGUCAGUUUGUCCGUCGCUUCACUUUCUCUGUCCUCUCCCAGAAAUAUAUCUCUCGUAUGUCUCUCCAUCCUCGUUUUCACUCUUGAUUAUGUGAUGUUUUGCUUUAAUUAUUUAAUGUGUCACGUUAAGAGAAGCACUUUAUCCGUACCUUGGUGGCCUGCUGUGAACUCUAACUCGAGUUUGCAGACUCUCGGAGGAGCCAACCCAUCACUUUUGAAGUGAUUUUUAAUUUUUGUGAUGGAGAUUUCGAUUAAAGGAUGCGUUCAGGAAGUUGUGUACACUGUAUUCUCGCGUUUAGCCCGGUUUACGUUGCUUUCCUCCUUAUGAAAUGUUCCACUGGAGAUCUGGAGAGAACUGUACGCUCCUAUGCACCGUCUCUUUUAUUAAAGCAUAAAAAGCAGCGUGUUGGUGAUCAUGUGUUUGCUGAGUGAGUGCAGGCGUACAUGGGCUUGAUUAUCUGUGUGUCUGCUGGGACGUGGGACGUCCAGACGGCUGGCUGACCUGCGGGACUCGAGCGUUUCAAGAGCUGCACAGGUUUGGGUGCGUUUUUCCAGCUGGACUUUCUGCGGGCGUCGAGCACUUUAUAUCUGCCGCUGCUCGACACGGUGGAGUUUUUUAAAUGUGCUGUAAAUAGAAUAAAAUAUAAAAGCAAUGUCCUUUCUUGCAAUGUUCUUUUGCACGUGUGGUUUAGUUUCCAGACACCGUGAGGUAAUGAGGCGCUCGCUGACCUCUCGUCUGCCAUUUGCUAUCAAACCCGAUGCCAAAGUUUGUGCCUUUGUGUUAAAUGUGAAAGCGUGUUGACCGCCGCAGCAGCUCAUUGGGUGCAUUUGUUGAGGCUCAAAUAAGUCGCUUACGUUCACAAACAUCAUGUACUUUACUGUUUGACUUGAAUGAGAAGGAAACCUCAAAUAGACAGUGUCCUACUCCACUUUAGAGUUUCAUACGGCCCGUUAAACAUUCGAUUGGCUGCAUUUAACCUUUCAUUUCACUGGUAGAUUGACCAUUUAAAAAGCUGAAGGAAGAUGAGUUUUUCCGUUUAUAAAAACGUUGCAGUGAUUGUGUUGCGAAAGACUGAUCUGCUUUGUGCUGUUAUCAAACCUACUUAACAUUAACACCUCCUGCAAUAGUCUAGACCUGUGUUUACACUUCUGCUCUGUAAGUUCACUGGACUUCACCCACACACAGA